CUCAAGGAAAGAGAGAGAGUGCCAAGCUGUUGCUGUUCACCCUCUGGUCCAGAUCUUUUCUUCAAAAGAAACCUGAGUGGUCUCACAGGGGUUUGGACUAAGAUUCAUACCUGCUUCACCAGUGAUUUUCAAAGGAGGCAAAUCCUAUUUGAAGCUAAAGUCACGUAAACAGAUUUGGAAUGAGGAAACAAAUUAUAGCAGCCUGCAAGUUGUAGAAUGAAGAAAUGCAAAUGUAAAGUACUGAACUCUGUUAUGGACAGAUUUACCAAAGAGAAUUACUCUGUACAACAUUAAUAAUGUAGUUCAGAAGGAAGCCCAUAUUCCAGGCUUCCUCGGUGGUGCUGUUUUACUGAGGUUGUGUGGAGUCAACAAGUCAUGGAUAAAGAACUCCCCAAAGGCAGCCCCAGAGAGACCGCACUGAACAUCAAGAAAUCAGACAAAUCCUUCAAACGCAAGAAGCCCACCAAAAAUGUGCUGGUCUUUUUAAUCAACAGACAACUGGGCAGGCACAGAAGUGACAUCGACCUGUCAAGGUGGCUAUGGAUGCUGUCAUAAAGCAACUCCAGGGUAGACAUGGCCUUGGACAAAAAGUCAUGUGGCUUAUGUGCUGAGGCCUGCCCAGAAUUUUGAGAAAUUAAAUAUAAUUAUAACAAUAAACUCUCCUCCCAUGUUUGAGCCAUUAAA